GUGAACAAGCUAACGUUUUGUGAGGGGGGAGGGGGUUAUUUAAGUAAAUGGGGUGGGGUGGCACAAAUUUUCAAAAGUGAUGUUGAAGUAGCAGGGUGGUGGAGGGAUGUGGUUGCGUGAGGUGUUGUUCUAAUUCAUGUUUUCCUGUUUCAUGUUUGGGGGUCUUCAGUGAAAGGGAAUCUCUUCUGGUUUUAUUAUCUCUUUUUACGCUCCCUUCCCCCAUCUUGUUCUUCUCCACACCUAUAAAAUUCACCUUCCUAUUUUCGAGUCCUAUAAAGCAGUGAGAAAGAGACAGCCAAGAACCAACCCACUUAAGCGUGCCAUAAUAGAAACAAAGGAAAAGCUAAAGAUAAGAAUCCACCCUUCUCUCUAUCUAUCCUUGCACUCUGAGCUGUUAAAAUACACUCUUCUUUUGGGGCUUUCUUUUCUCUUGCUGGGGUUUUCUCUAUUAAAAGGGGGUGCUCUUUUAUAUUUAUAAUAUUGUGUUUUUGCUCUGGCUUUUCCAGUUGCUAAGGUGUUUGCUUUAAGGUUUCUAAGCUGGACAGUUCUUCCGUUGUUAGCCAAGGUCUUUAUUUUCAUUGCUAAAGGCAAGUUGUAUAGAUUUCAUGAGGUCGGUCUUUAUUGUUUUCAACUUCGGACGAGCGACUCAGUUUAAAUUGUAAGUUUUCUGGCACUUGGUCUUCCAAGAUAGAGGGAAAAAAAAGGUGAUCAUUUUGAGUUACUGGAUAUAUCUUCCAUCCUGUUUAGGAGAUGGAGAAAGGUUGCUCAAAGAAUGGGGAAACAUGUCCUCAACUUCUUGAUUUGAUCCCUCAAGAAAGAGAGUGGCAAUAUCCCAAGAGGAAAGAGGAGAGAAGCCAUGUAGCAUCAGAAGAGAAGAAGCUGGAACUGAGGCUUGGUCCCCCGGGUGAUGAAGAAGAUAACUGGUCCAUCAAGGCUACUGGCAAAAACGACAACAGAGACAGAGAUGAACCUUUAAUCUCACUUGGCUACCAAUCUUUAAAGAAGAAGAGUAAUGGAAAACAGGCGCAUAAGCUUCCAUCCCCAGAGGACCAGCAGCAGCACCACCCGAUUGGCUCAGUUUUGUCCCCUUCAUGGACCAAAAACCACCACCCUAACCAUCAACAGCUGACAAACCCUUCAUUUCUUCAGUUCCCAUCAACACCGCAACAGUGCUUGCCUGUUAUAGCAAAGGAACAGUCACAGCCCUGUUGCACUAAAGUGGUAGACAUUCAGAAUGCAGAGAAAAAACCAUUUUCACCUACUGCAAAUACAGCUGUGCCUCCCAACACUUCUCAGAAAAGAACUGCUCCUGGGCCAGUUGUGGGUUGGCCUCCAAUUCGCUCUUUUAGGAAAAAUAUAGCGAACAGCAGUUCAUCGAAACUAGCUUCUGAAUCAUCACCAAGUGUGCUCCCUCACAAGGUUGGUAAUGAAAAAAAAGCUGCAGAGCCGAGUGCCAAAUUUGUGAAAAUCAACAUGGAUGGAGUUCCCAUAGGCAGGAAAGUCGAUCUCAAAGCCUAUGACAGCUAUGAAAAACUCUCGACAGCUGUUGAUGAACUCUUCAGAGGCCUUCUUGCUGCUCAAAGAGAUUCCUCCGCUGGUGGAAUAGUGAAGAAGCAGGAGGAGGAGAAAUCGAUCACGGGCUUAUUAGAUGGAAGUGGGGAAUAUACACUGGUUUAUGAGGAUAACGAAGGAGACAGGAUGCUUGUUGGGGAUGUCCCGUGGCACAUGUUUGUGUCCACAGUGGAGAGGCUGCGCGUGUUGAAGAGCUCGGAACUGUCUGCCCUUAGCCUUGGAAGCAGUAAACGAGGGAAGUACCGGCUUGACUCUGUCUCCACCAAAGUUUGAAGAUGAGGCAUUGAAAUUUGAAUUAUGUUCAUGUUUUGACAUUUUGUUCCCUGUUUUGCCUUUAAACCUGACGCACUUACUGUAUAUAUAAGUAGGUCGGUAUGUAAUUUUUGACUUCGUUUUCUUUCUUUCCCUACAUGAAUGCCAUUUGCUAUUA